UACAGUUUGCUGUUAGAGAAAGGUUUACAGUCACCGUCAAGUUUGCCGAUUUCAAUUUUCCUAGCAAUGAGACAAAUUAUCGUCUUGGGCCUAGCUUUGACGGCCGUUUUGGCGAUCCCGCUAACCGACGAACAGAAGCAAAAGCUCAGCGACGUUCACGGCCGAUGUCAAAAUGAUCCCGUGACGCAUAUCGACGACUCCAUUUUCGAAAAACUCCGGAAACGGGAACACGUCGAAUUGCCAUCGAACUUUGCCGCUCACGAGUUGUGCAUGUCGAAAGGGGUCGGUUUGAUCAACGAAGACGGAUCCGUGAAUAAAGAAAUGUUGAGGAAAAGUAUUUCGCAUUCGGGGGUGGAGGAAUCCAAAGUGGAGGAAAUCGUGAAUCAAUGUGGAGAGAAUCAGGAGACUCCCGAAAAGACGGCCAUCCAUUUGAGGAAAUGCCUCUUGAAACACGCCGUACAAGAUCACGUUGCUCAUCACGGCCAUGUUCACGAGCAUUCUCACGCGCAUCAUUAAGUUCUAAAUGAAAACAAUUAAAUAAUUAUACCAGAAUUAUUUUUUUUAAGAACCUUCCACAUGCAACUUGUAUACAUUCUGCAAAACUACUGGAUUCCUCCUGCUUCGGUUUUUGUUGAGUCGAACUGUUGCAGUCAAGCUCUGAAGAAGCCAAGAGGUUGAUUGGCGAAACGUCAGCAAGUUCGAGUCAACAAAACCGGCGCAGGAGGAAUCUAAAAGUUUUGUAAAAAGUAAAUGCGUUGUGUUUUCUUUUUUUCAAUUUCCAGUAAACUAUCGAAUAGCUAUUUGCUUAUUAAGAGCGAUUAAUCGGCGUUUUUAUAAAAAAUGUUAAGUAAUAGUAUAUUACGCAACUAGUGCGGUAAACGGCAUUUGAUUCACGAGCGGAGCGAGUUUUUAAUAAACGAGUGAGCCAAAAAAUUUACCGAACAUGUUCUACGACCUUUAGUUUUUGGGUACAUUUUCGCAAAACAACACGAAUACAUUCACUGACAUGACCGUCAGAAUUGACAAACGUCAAAAUUCAAAGCGUGGGAAAUAUUUCCGAAAACAUCCGAUUGCUCGUAAAACCCCGGAAAUGAUCGAAGUGGCUCGGAUUCAUGGGAAACGAAACUGACGUGGUAAAGUGACGCUUCCCGCACGCUAGAUCGGUUGGUAAUUAGGUAUUUUAGAGACGGGAGUAGAAAAAAAUUAAUAAUUAAUAGUACCUAAUCAAUAAUCACACUUCAAAAUGCAUCUCCUCGCACUGCACGUGUUUUUGUAAAAAUAUUUGUUAAAAUAAAAAUAAAAA